AAUGACGGAUCGACUGAAAGGAAAACUAGCGGAUUUGGACGAUUAUUGGUGUCUAAUUUUUGAUCAAAAUAUAAAUAUUUUAUUAAAAUUAAAUAGUUUUUUGUGUUUUUCAAUUUUUAUUUUUCAGCAUUUCUUCGAAUCUAUCAACCCUCUCAAUGGCUUUAAAGACAAAGACGAUUUUGAGGAAUACCUGUACAAUAGGUCUAGCAAAAUUGAACCAAAAAAUGGAGAAAUACCUAAUCCGAAGCCCAAACAUUCACUUGAGGCUUUGAAGUCGCCAGGAGUUCGACAACAACAAAAAACUCCAACCAGCGCAAAUGCACCUAGCGCUACACCAACCCAGCUUCGAGCAUCAAAAAGCUCUACCAAAUCUUCUGUUUCAUCACCACGAUCUCCAAACCAACCUGGAACAACGGAUAGCGGUAGUGGCAAUUUACUCUCACCAUCACAUAUGAAUGUCCCGUUUUGGAGCAGCCCACCUUCCGGUUCUUCGACUAAUUCCCCAGCUUCUUUAAUGACUACAGAAGAUCAAAACUUUGCUGUUGUUGAUAUAAAUCCUGGCCAGUUCCCUCGUUGGUUAGCUGAUACAACUAGCAGUGGACGUGUCAAUCCAGCAUUCAUUUCCGAAUAUGUACCAAGUGCUGCAGCAGCCGCAAUGUUGCCUUCAGCCCUCUCACACAGCUCCAACGAAUCACCGCCACUUUCAUCAUCUCCAGGCGUUAAUUCCUCCACCUAUCCUCAUAGUAGGAGAAAGCCGCCUGUCCCUCUAUGUAUAGGUGAAUCUCAUUUUACCUUUCCACCACCGCUUCCACAACAACAACACCCUCAAUUUGGAGGAACUUUUCGUAAACCUCCAGCACCACCUCCACAACACCAUCAAAAUAUUCAACAUCAUCAAUCAAGUGAAGAACCAAGUCCAUCUUUUCUUUCGCCAACAUCUGCUUUUCCUUUGGCAAAGCCGCCAUCUGCUCGGAAGAAGUUGCCUUCAGAAGGUUCUCAAGGUGAAGUUGGCGAUGAAAAAUCUUCGGUGGAUUCUCCAGUUGAACUUCCUCCAAAAUUGCCUCCUCGUUUAAAUUUAUUAACUAAAGAAGCAUCAACAGAGGCAACAGCUCCCCCAAGGCCUCCUAAAAAACUUGCAGCAUUAAAUUCAGGCAAAAGUCCAACAUGUGAAAACCAACAAAAUUUAUCAAUUUCAUCAACAACAGCUUCACCAUUUGAUUCUGAAGCAAUAGCUCCACCAUUGCCUCCAAAACCAAAAGGAAUGAAAAAGUGA